AUGCAGCAGCAGCAGCCCAGAUUCACGCUCAUCCGCAAUGCCACCGUGCUCAGCAUCGACCCAGACAUCGGCAACCAAACAGACUGCGACAUCCUGAUGAAGGACGACAGAAUCCAAGCCCUGGCCCCAAACCUCACAGUCCCCAACAACGCCCCAGCGGCCACGAUCAUUGAUGGAACGGACUGUAUCGUCACGCCGGGCUUCGUGGACGGCCACCACCACGUCUGGCAGCACCUGCUCCGCGGCGUCGCCACAAACUGGACCCUAUUGGACUACUGCAUCGAGAUGCGCACCCUCUACGGCAGCCUGUUCACGCCCGACGACGUCCACCUCGCGCAGUACGUCGGAGCCCUCAGUUUGCUCAACAACGGCGUCACCUGCGUCCUGGACCACUGCCACGUCGUGAACAGUCCUGCGCACGCAGAUGCCGCCGUGAACGGGCUCAAGGAGACCGGUAUCCGCGGGACGUUCUGCUACGGACUGUACGAGAACCCGGUCCUCCCGGGCCAGGGCCAGGCAGCAGCGGUAUUUGAUCUGGACAUGCGGAAGAACGACGCCUUGCGCGUUCGUCAGGAGCUAUUCCCUGUCCGAGAUCCCGAAAAAGCACUCCUGACUUUUGGGUUCGCGCCCCGCGAACCAGAAGGCCAGGGUAUCGACGACACGGUGGCGGAUCUCCAAGUGGCGCGGACCCUAGGUGCCAGGAUCACCACGAUGCAUGUGGCCAUGGGCCACUACGACACUCGACACGCUCGGGUGGUGCAUAAUCUAGCGGACGCGGACCUCCUAGCUCCAGACCUUGUAUUCAGCCACGGCGCGUCCUUCACGGAUGGCGAGCUGGCAGCCAUUGCACGCGUCGGGGCCGGGAUCGUCGGCACCCCCGACACGGAGCUGCAGAUGGGUAUGGGAUAUCCGGUUGUCUUUAAGGCAAGAGACGCAGGGUGUCGGGUCGGUUUGGGACUCGAUAUCACGUCGAAUCAGUGUAAUGAUUUCGUAGCGCAGAUGCGACUGGCGGUGCAGACUCAGCGAGCAAUCGAGAAUGCGGGUUUUGUCUCGUCGCCACCGGUAGCUCUGAAGCGGACCACAGCCGAUGUACUGCGGAUGGGAACGAUGGGGGGUGCGGAGGUGAUGCAUCUUGAGAAUCUGGUGGGUUCGAUCACGCCGGGGAAGAAGGCGGAUUUGGUGCUGUUCAGGUGUGAUGAUAUUGAUACGGUGCCGGUGCUUGAUCCGGUUGGGACGGUGGUGUUUCAUACCUCGCCGGGUAAAAUUGACACGGUGGUUGUGGAUGGGAGGAUUGUGAAAAAAGAUGGAAAGCUUGUGGGCGUGGAUUGGCCGAGUCUGAGACGGCAGGUUGAGGCGAGGUCGAGACGGAUUGUUGCGGAGGCUGCGAGGAUAGACACGUCGAUGCAGAGGGAACAGUGGAGUAGAGCGUUUGCGGUCUAG